GCGGCGGAGGGGCGAAGUCUUUAACUUUACUGAGAGAAACGCCUUCGGCGGCGUCGCACUUGGUUUAAUCUGCAGCAUGAAAAGCACGAAGACCGCAGGUUCCAGACCGGAAAAGAAAAACGGCCCACUAAUACGUCUGUGAAAGAAGCUGCAGUAUGAAUGACUUCAUGAAGACGCAGCUGGUCAGCGCCAUCCACCUUCAGGAGGUGGAGCUGGAGGAAAACCCCAGCCGCAGACCACUUCCAGAGGUCAAAGAGGACCAUACCUUCAGCGUGGAGGAGGCUGUGGAGACCAUCGGCUUUGGACGGUUUCACAUCCUGCUCUUUAUCAUCAUGGGCAGUGCCAAUAUAGUGGAGGCUAUGGAGAUCAUGCUGCUAGCGGUGGUCUCUCCUGAGAUCCGCUGUGAGUGGCGCCUGGAUGACUGGCAGGUGGCGCUGGUGUCCACGGUGGUGUUUUUGGGCUUCAUGGUGUGUGGCGUGCUGAGCGGAUACAUGGCCGACAGAUAUGGACGCUGGAAGGUGGUGUUUGGUGGUUUUGUGUGGAGUGCCUACUUUUCCCUCCUCACCUCCUUUUCUCCCUCCUACGGCUGGUUUGUCUUCCUGCGUACUAUGGUGGGCUGCGGUGUGGCGGGAGUGUCUCAGGGGUUUGUCCUGAAGACAGAGUUCAUCCCUGCUAAGUACAGAGCCUCUCUGCUGCCGCUGGCCUCUAUCUUCUGGAUGUUUGGCUCCAUGCUGAUCAUCAUUCUAGGAAUGACCGUGGUUCCCACCUUGGGCUGGAGAUGGAUGAUCCGGCUAUCGGUGGCCCCCAGUGUCUUGCUCCUAUUCCUGUUCAAGUACAUUCCAGAGUCAGCCCGGUACAAAGUGUCUGCCGGUAACAUACAGGGAGCGCUGGAAAUUCUCCAGAAGAUUGCCAGGAUGAACAAAGCAUCCCUGCCACCCGGACGACUGAUGGAACCUCAUUCUCACCAGAGGGGCAGCUGGCGAAUCCUCCUCAGCCCUGCAUUAAGGAGGACCUCACUACUACUGUGGUACUCAUGGUUUGUGGCGUCCUUCUCCUACUACGGUUCUGUACUGAGCAGCUCUGAGCUGUUGGAAAAGAACCUGCUGUGUGUGACGGACGCUGACGAGCACCACCAGGUCAAACACCGCCUCGAGCACGGGGUGUGCUACUGUAUCUCCUUCGGAGCCAAAGACUACCAGACCCUCCUCAUCAGCUGUCUGGGAGAGAUUGCGCUUAUCCCUCUCAACAUCGGCCUGUUGUCUGUGGUGGGGCGAAAGAUGAGUCUGAUGGUGCUGCAGCUGCUGUCGGCCAUGUUGUUCAUGCUGGUUAAUGUCUGCACCACCAUGUUUGGCUUCACGGUGCUGUUCUUCUUGCUCAGGUCACUGGUCGCCAUGAACUUCAAUGUGGUCUAUAUUUACACCGCAGAGGUCUAUCCCACCGUGGCACGUUCUCUAGGAAUGGGCUUCUGUACCUCUUUCAGUCGCAUAGGAGGCAUGAUCGCACCUUUCAUAGCACAGGUGCUGAUGUCACAGUCGGUAAUCUUGGCUCUGUCUCCCUUUGCUGUCGCUUGUGUGCUCUGUGCCAUUGGGAACGUUCUGCUGCCCAUCGAGACCAAGGGACGAGCGCUUUUGCAAAACUCCUGAUGUUGCCUCCGACACAAAAUGGUCGUGCUUGGUUAUCGAUUUUAUUAUGUGUAGAUCUAAUGUAGAAAUAUUAAAUUUAAUACUUUGAACAAC